AUGUUGCAGUUCCGCGCUGCGGGCAGAUUUCAGAUUUUCGGAGCGCACGUGAUUGGCACAUUUGGCUCACACCGUAUCCACCACCACGCCCUCUCCGCUACCACUGUGUCCACACUGACAAGGCCCGUCUACGCCAUGAGCCACAAGAGAAACAUCUCGCUGAAGCCUCACGACCUUUGGGGCACCUUGAAGAACGACAAGGUGACUCAAAACGGCGCCCCGGCUUCUGAGUCAUCCCCCCCUUCAUCCAAUACCUCAAAAACACCGUCAAGUCCCACGCAAAGUAAGAAAUUGCCAAGCAGGCCAAAAGAAAUGUCGACUCAAGCAGCACCCAAGGGCGGUGCGCCCAAGCCUCUACCAGAAUUCAUCCAGCAGCGAAACCAGCUCUUUGACCAACUCUGGAAGGACAACGAAGAGGAUCUCAAGUCACGAGACAAGCCUGGGAUCAAAAUCGAACUCACCACCGAGGGGCAGAGCAAGACUGCCCUCGACGGCAAGGCAUGGGAGACGACUCCAGGUCACCUCCUGAAACACGUGCCCAAGGACCGUGCUGGACAAGUCGUGGUAGCCAAGGUAGACGGCGAGUUGUGGGAUCUGGAUCGACCGUUGACCAAGGACAGCAAGGUGUCAUAUCUUGUCUUUUCAGAUCCCGAAGGACGCGACGUCUUUUGGCAUUCAUCUGCCCAUGUCUUGGGUGAAUGUGCAGAGCACGAAUAUGGCUGCCGUCUGUCCCACGGCCCUCCCACAGCCAUGGGUUUCUUCUACGACAUGGCUCUCGAGCCUGGAGUCGCUGUCAGAGAGUCUGAAUGGCCCUCAUUGGAAUCCAAAGCAAAGAAGUUCGUCAAGGACAAGCAGCCAUUCCAGCGCCUUGAAGUCUCCAAGGAAGACCUCCGCAAAAUGUUUGGCUACAGCAAGUACAAGAUGCACUACAUCGAGAAAUUCGUACCUGACGGAACUUCCUCUACCGUCUACCGCAACGGUGAUCUUGUGGAUCUUUGCCAGGGACCUCACAUCCAGAAUACCCGCAAGAUCGAAGCCUUCAAGAUCAUGAAGAACUCCUCCGCCUACUUCUUGGGCGACCAAGCGAAUGACUCACUCCAGCGCAUCCAUGGCGUUGCCUUCCCAAACAAACAGCAGCUUAAGGACUGGGAACACUUCCUCGAAGAGGCCAAGAAGCGUGAUCACCAGCUUAUCGGCAAGCAGCAAAAACUUUUCAUGUUCAGCCAGAUGUCCCCUGGAUCUCCCUUUCUCCUUCCACAUGGCACUCGUAUCUUCAAUGCCCUGCAACACAUGCUCCGCGAACAAUACUGGGACCGUGGCUACCAAGAAGUACAAUCCCCAAAUAUGUACGAUGUCGACCUGUGGAAGACUUCCGGCCACUGGCAGCACUACCAAGACGACAUGUUCCGUGUGCAAGUUAAAGACGACUCCGCAGACCCCAUGCCACUCGCCGAUGCUAAGCCCUCCGGUGCUCCCGUUGCAGACCUCAAGAAUCAAGACAAAGAUAAGGGCGUCUUUGCUCUCAAGCCCAUGAAUUGUCCCGGCCAUUGCGUCAUGUAUAAGAACGAAGAGCACUCCUAUCGCGACCUCCCUUGGCGAGUCGGUGACUUCGGCGUCCUACAUCGUAACGAAGCGUCCGGCGCGCUCUCAGGUCUCACCCGUGUGCGGAAAUUCCAACAAGAUGAUACCCACAUCUUCUGUACCCCUGAACAAGUCGAGGGCGAAAUCAAAGCUCUCUUCGACUUUAUGACCUAUGUCUACGGCCUCUUUGGCUUCCCCUUCAAAUUUAAGCUGUCCACCCGUCCAGAAGGCUAUAUGGGCAAGCUCUCCGAAUGGGACGCAGCCGAAGCACAGCUCAAGAAGGCCCUGCAGGACUUCCGUGGCGACAACUGGGAGAUCAACGAGGGUGACGGUGCCUUCUACGGCCCCAAGAUUGACAUCACCAUCUCCGACGCCCUGCAGCGCGAGUUCCAGUGCGCCACCAUCCAGCUCGACUUCCAAGGCCCCGCCAACUUCAAGCUCGAGUACCGCACCUCGGAGCCCUCUAGCGCCGACGGCGCCGCCCCCGCCGACAAAGAGGCCGCUGCCGACGACAAGAACAAGGACUCCAGUGGCCCUGGCGCCGGCAUGGCGCGUCCCGUCAUGAUCCACCGCGCCAUUAUCGGCUCAUUUGAGCGCUUCAUCGCCGUCCUGUGCGAGCACUUCGCAGGCAAGUGGCCAUUUUGGCUGUCGCCGCGCCAAAUCCUCGUCAUCCCCGUCAUGAAGGGCGCGGAAGACUACGUGCGCGAGAUCCAGGCACUCUUCACCAAGGCGCGCUUGUACUGCGACAUCGACGUCUCAGGCAAUACCUUGCAGAAGAAGAUUCGCUCCGGCCAACUGAACCAGUAUAACUUCAUUUUCGGUAAGUUGACACACUCCCCCCCCAUGUCUUUCCUUCUCCCCGUUUUCCUAGACUCCAAUGCUGAUAAAUUGUGUCCCCCAAAAGUCGUCGGCGCCAAAGAGCAAGAGACCCGCACGGUCAACAUCCGCAACCGCGACGACCCCGCCACGCAGAAGAUGGGCGAGCUCAUCCCGCUCAACAAGGCGCUGGAGCGGUUGGUCGAGCUGCGAGACGAGCGGAAGCUGGAGAACAGGAUUGAGAUGUCCAACUGA